AACACAUUCCUCAGCAUGGAGGUACUCCAGAGCGAUAAGGCUCCUGAUGUACAGAAGCUCGCAUGUAUGAACAAUGAACAGUGGGCUCGUUUCGCUAAAAUUGCACACGAGGAAGGGCAGAAGUUAUGUAACUGUUAUAGAAAAUCAGUAUCUUGGCCAGAUGUACCUUACAACGAAAGUGAAAAGAUCUUCACCAAUAUCAAUGCAAGAUUAGAGAGUGAAGGUAUUCCGAUGAUAACACGAAGCAUCCUUCGGUGGCGCAUGAGGACUACCCUAAGAAAGAUACGACCCAAUAAUAGUGUUACAGUGGCAACCCUGCCGUACAACCCAACGCGCCCCUGUUAGUUGAACAUUGCUAAGGGCACAUAAGUUUUGGGAGGACGGCGUCUACUCCUUUGCUACGCGUCAUUAUCUGCAUCGUCCAUUCUCUAAGCGAAGUAGUCCUAUUGCAGAAGCUGUUGGUGGCAUCAGGGAGGGCCAUGUCAUGCAAUCAACCUGAUGAAGAUGCCGUGUGUCACUGCCCACCACGCUCCAGGGUGACGGUGGAUGGAAAUCUAGUGUGCUGCCAUCACUGCAGCUGUCCGACAUGCCAGCCCCGUUGUCGGAGAAGUGUUGUUUCUUUCCGCGUGGUAUAUCCUUCUCACGAUAUUUUGCUGGUUUGGAACAUCUGCUCCGGUAGCAGACAAGGGGAAGAGUUGGGCAAACGCUACGGACGGACUAAGUGGUUGG